UAUCCCAAAGCAUCCUGAUCGUGAGGGAGAACACCGAGGGGGAGUACAGCUCCCUGGAGCACGAGAGCGUGGCGGGCGUGGUCGAGAGCCUCAAGAUCAUCACCGCCGGCCGCUCGCGCCGCAUCGCCCACUACGCCUUCGGGCUGGCCCGCGCGGCCGCGCGGCGCUGCGUCACCGCCGUGCACAAGGCCAACAUCAUGAAAUUGGGGGACGGGCUGUUCCUGCAGUGCUGUGAGGAAGUGGCGGCCGAGUACCCCGAGAUCACCUUCCGCAGCAUGAUCGUGGACAACACCACCAUGCAGCUGGUGUCGCGGCCGCAGCAGUUUGACGUGAUGGUGAUGCCGAACCUGUACGGGAACAUCGUCAACAACGUCUGCGCCGGCCUGGUGGGGGGGCCGGGGCUGGUGCCCGGCGCCAACUACGGCCACGACUACGCCGUGUUCGAAACCGCCACGCGGAACACGGGCAAGAGCAUCGCCAACCGCAACAUCGCCAACCCCACGGCGGCGCUGCUGGCGGCCUGCAUGAUGCUGGACCACCUCAAGCUGCACAACCACGCCUCCACCAUCCGCAAAGCCGUGCUGGCCUCGCUGGACGACCCCCGGACGCACACGCCGGACAUCGGGGGCCAGGGCACGACGUCGGGGGCGGUGCAGAGCAUCAUCGGGCACCUGCCGCGGGGCUGAGCCGGACACACGGACACCGGGACCCCCCCCGGAACGGCCCCAGAGCCCCCUCCCCAAAUGGCCCUGGGACCCUCCCUCAGAAAACCCCCAGGAGCACCAACCUGACACCCCCAGGACCCCCCAAAACACCCCCAGGACCACCUGAAACACC